AUGAAGAGCUUUUUGGUAGCGUUUCUUCUCGUGCUCGCCAUCUUCUCUACUGAGAUGGAAAUAGGAUUUGGAGGACCAAUUCCCAUGCCGCCUACACCCCCAGGAAAAUGGUGUGGAUAUUCAAUUGCGAUGAAACCGUGCGACAACGAUGCUUGUGAUAAACUUUGUAUUAAGCAAAACACUCAUGGUUGGCGUGAUACUCAUGGCAUGUGCACUGUUAUUCCAGGCUUUAAAGAUUGUUAUUGUACCCAUAGCUGUUAA